AUGGGUGGUCUCCAGUCCUCUGUUAGAGCCAAGAGGCUUUGGAAUGUUCUCAAGGUAACGCUUAUUCUAAUGGCAAGAAAGGGUCUGAUCUCAAAGAGAAGGUUCAUCAUGGACAUGAAUUUGAUGGUGAAGAGAGGUAAGCUGUUCAGAAAAUCUUUCACCAGCUACUUCAUGUUCCAUCACCACCACCAUGGCUCCAAUGCUGGAGAUAUGACGUGUGGCGGUUUCGGCAUACAGGACUACGAGUUUUCCUGCAGCAACACUCCCAUUAAUACUGUUUUUUCCCACAUGUCAAAGCGCAGUGCCAAAUACCACGCUUACUUCCCCUGUAUCAACCUUCCUGUGGAGAUGGAAACAAAGCAACAAGAAGAAGAAGAAGAAGAAGAAGAAGGUUCAGACCCAGAAGCCAGGGCGGCGUUUACUUUACUACCCAUGACUCCUGAGAACACAGUAAAUCACUUGCAGUAUAAUGCUUUAAGUCCUGCAAUGGAGGGGGCAAGCCCACUCGUUUCCCCGUUCAACGUACGGAUAUCCAACUAUUCGUCUGAGGAAGAAAAUGAAAUUAGCAGUGAAAGUGGACAAGUAGAUAAUCAGGCUGAGGAAUUCAUUAGAAGGUUCUAUGAACAGCUGAGGACGCAACGACGCCUGCAACGACUGCAAUAUAGUUAA